AUGAAUCAGCAGAGGACCAGCCUAAACCAGUGUCCAAGUAACACAGAAGAACCUAAUCUAACAAUUAUCCCAGAAUUCCAUCUGAUGGGACUCUCAGAGAAUCCAGAACUGCAACCCAUCCUCUUUGGACUGUUCCUGUCCAUGUACCUGAUCACUGUGCUUGGAAACCUGAUCAUCAUUGUGGCAACUGGGUUUGACUGUCAUCUCCACACCCCCAUGUACUUCCUCUCCAACCUGGCCUUGACUGACAUUUUACUAUCUACUACAGUCCCAAAGAUGAUUGUGGACAUUCAGGCUCAGAAUAAAAUUAUCUCAUUUGUGGACUGCAUCACUCAAAUGGCUCUUUGUAUAAUUUUUGGAAUUACGGAUGAUAUGCUUCUGACCGUGAUGGCCUAUGACUGGUUUGAGGCCAUCUGUCAUCCAUUGGAUUACUCAGUCAUUAUGAACCCUCAUAUUUGUAUUUUGUUGCUCUUUUUGUGUUUUUUAUUUAGUCUUUGUGAAUCCCAAGUACACAACUUGAUUGCCUUAUAUUUUACCCACUUCAAGGAUAUGGAAAUUUUUUAUUUCUUCUGUGAGCCUUCUCAACUACUAAAUCUUGGUUGUUAUGAUACCUUUACCAAAAAUUUAGUCUUGAAUUUGGUUGGAGCUAUUUCUGAUUUUCUUCUUCUAUUGGGGAUCUUCUUGUCUUACUAUAAAAUGUUUUCCUCAAUUUUGAGAAUUCCAUCAUCAGAAUGGAAGUAUAAAGCCUUUUCCACCUGUGGGUCUCAUUUGUUAGUGGUUUGCUUAUUUUAUGGAGCAGCCAUAGAAGUGUACCUUGGAUCAGAUGUAUCAUACACCCCUAGAAACAGUGCAGUGACCUCAGUGAUGUAUGCUGUGGUUGUCCCCGUGCUGAACCCAUUCAUCUACAGCCUAAGGAACAGAGAGAUUAAAACUGCCCUGUGUAAGCUGCAGAGCAAAGGAAACUACUCUUUACACAUUCUGUACUUUAUGUAA